AUGCUCGGCGGCAAGUCCAUCAGGGUCAAUGGCGCCGAGUGCGGCGUCGAGUCCAUCUUCCUCGGCGCCGUCACAAGUCUGGGCGGCUUCCUUUUCGGCUACGACACGGGUCAGAUCUCUGGCAUGCUCAUCUUCGAGGACUUCCAACGGCGCUUCGCCACGGGCCCUGUUGGUGAAAAUGGCAUCCGGGAAUGGGUUCCCAUAAUUCAGUCUACCAUGGUCUCCCUGAUGAGCAUCGGAACCCUCAUUGGUGCCCUUUCUGGUGCCUACACGGCCGACUGGUGGGGACGCCGGAGGAGUUUGGCAUUUGGUGUCGUCCUGUUCAUCAUUGGCAACAUCAUUCAGAUCACCUCCAUGGAGUCUUGGAUUCACAUGAUGAUGGGUCGCCUGGUUGCCGGUCUGGGUAUCGGUAACCUGUCGGUCGGCGUGCCCAUGUUCCAGUCAGAGUGUGCGCCUCGUGAAAUUAGGGGUGCCGUUGUGGCCAGCUACCAACUGCUCAUCACUUUCGGCAUUCUCAUCUCAAACAUCAUCAACUACGGGGUCAGGAACAUCCAGGGUUCCGACGCCUCGUGGAGGAUCGUCAUCGGCCUCGGCAUCUUCUUCAGCGUGCCUCUUGGUAUCGGUAUCCUGCUGGUGCCCGAGUCUCCCCGCUGGCUCGCAGGACGUCAGGACUGGGAUGGUGCACGCAUGGCCAUCGCUCGUCUCCGCGGCAUGAAGCACGACCCCAACAAUGCCAUCGUCGAGACCGACAUCAGCGAGAUGUUCAAGAUCAUCAAGGAGGAGUCCAGCGUCGGAGUUGGCAGCUGGGCCGAGUGCUUCACCGGUAGGGGCGGAUCCGCCGGCAUCCCCAAGGUUGUGUACCGCACCAUCCUCGGCAUGUUCCUCCACUUUACUCAGCAGUGGACUGGUGUCAACUACUUCUUUUACUACGGAGCCACCAUUUUCAAGUCUGCUGGCGUCGACGACCCCAUCGUCACCCAGUUGAUUCUGGGUGCUGUGAACGUUGCCAUGACCUUCUUGGGUCUGUACAUCGUCGAGAGGUUCGGACGCCGUGGUCCCCUGUUUAUUGGUGGUGCUUGGCAGGCCGCCUGGCUGGCAGUCUUCGCCGCCGUUGGAACCGCUUUGCCUCCCCAGGAGAACCGCGUCUCGGGCAUCGUGAUGAUUGUCUCUGCUUGCAUGUUCAUUGCUUCUUUCGCCAGUACCUGGGGUCCCAUCUGCUGGGUGGUCAUCGGCGAGACCUUCCCGCUCCGCACGCGCGCCAAGCAGGCUUCUCUGUCCACGGCCGGCAACUGGCUGGGCAACUUUAUGAUCUCGUUCCUCACUCCCAUCGCGACCGACGGCAUCUCGUUCUCUUACGGCUUCGUCUUUGCCGGCGUCAACCUGGCGGGCGCCCUGGGCGUCUACUUCUUCCUCUACGAGUCCCGCAUGCUGUCGCUCGAGAACGUCGACCGCAUGUACGGCGACCCGUCCAUCAAGCCCUGGAACUCGCGCAAGUGGACUCCUCCCGGAUACAUCAACCGCCGCACCAAGGACGAGAAGUACGUCCCCGAGGGCGAGCACGGCCACGGUGGAGUCAGGGGCUCGGUCGGCAGCGACAACACGGCCGUCCCCGGCGAGACCGACCUGCACCACGACCAGCAGCGCACCAAGGAGAGGCCCGGAAGCAACGGUGUCCCCACGACGGAACAGCAUGAGCAGGCUGUGCUCCGGAACGCGUAA